AUGGGCAUGAAGAGUAAGAGCGUAGUAUUGGUGGUGGCGUUAAUGUUGGGCAUGCUCGUCUCCCUAUCACACUCUGAGACGACGAGCAAGUUGUGCCAUCAGUUGCUUGUUUGCUUAAACUCCGUCAAGAUUCACGGUGCUCUGAAUGUUGUACCUAAAGCGUUCAACGUGGCCAACCCAGCGUGGUUCUACUACCUUCACGUCACCUGCCAUGCCUCGGCCUACAUAAUUGGUGUUGCUGGAUGGGCCAUGGGCCUCAAACUCGGCCACACAGCCAUGGCCCUGUUUGUCCUAGCAGUACUCCAGGCUUUUGUCUUCCUCUUCAGGCCCAAGCCCGACCACAAGUACAGAAUCUACUGGAAUGUUUUUGCCUACCACCAAUCCAUAGGCUACACCGUCAUUGCCCUCAGCAUCGCCAACAUUAUUGAGGGUCUCGAAAUCUCGGGCCCUCAGAAGAAGUGGAAACAAGCCUACAUUUUCACGCUCAUAGCCUUUGGAGCCGUUGCCCUUUCCAUGGAAGCACUCAGGUGUUCCUUGGAAGCACUCAGGUACCAAAAUCGAAGACGAGCGGAAGUAGAGGCGCGCGAGCCGGUCCCGCUGCUCUGCGUACAGGUGCAGGGGCGUCGUGUGCUGCUCGCGUCAGGCUCUAGCCUCCUGGUAGACCACGACUGCGACCGCGACGCCGGAUAUGAGGAGCUCUCUGACGACAUCGGUGUGGCUUUAUCGUCCGCUAGGUGCAGCAAUAACAGCGACGCUAGAGCGACGAACAAGGUUGACGGACGGAAUUGCCAUCCUCCGCUACGGGAAUUUGACGGACCGACGACCUCAGAGAAGCUGGAAGCCAGUAAGGGAGAGCCUCUAUCGGUGGCGUUGGGGAGCAGGGCCAGUGUGGAUGGUCGGGCUAAGAUGGGGAAAUACUUUGUGGUGUGGAAAUAG